GAGAGCGGGCACAGGCGUGAGGGGUGAAGGAGUGCGGGGCUGGGUGCGGGUGUGGGUACGGGAGGACGUUUCCUAGGAGUUCUGCCGCCUUCCUCCCCUUCCACACGGGGCUCCGGCUCCAGCCAGCGGCCGUGGCCGUACCUUUCAGAACGCGAAGGGUGUGCAGACAGCCGCCGCUGCUUCCCGGCGUUUGGUAGAGGCGGAAUUACACCAACAGAAAUCACGCAUUUUGGAAAUAACAGCCGGGCUGUCACCGCAGGGUGUGUGUGCCUCUGUGUGUCCCCGCGGGGAUUUCAGCGGGGACCGAACCGCCCAGCUCCGGGCAGAUAAAGGACCUCGGGGCUCAUCGCGUUUUGUUGGUGGUGGUGUGUGUGUGUGGUUUGUUUGUUUUUAUUAUUAUUAUUUUUUUUUUUUUUUUUUUUUGUAACGUCUUCUGAGCUCUCUCGGAGUUCACUGCUCCCUCACUGUUGACUCCAUCGCCUUAACCUUAAAGCAGGGGGAGGAGAGCAGCGGGAGGGGGUGGGGGUGUUGGCAGCAUAUAAGUACAUCAGGAGGAAUUUUUAAACGCCCGUAUUGUCUCUCCCUCUACAAACACCACGAGGGUUUCCGUCCCACGCGGUCAGCGCGUUCCCCCGCGACUCCGCCGCCGCCCCCGGGUCCCUCCCGGCCGGGGCACAGCGCGGAGCCGGGGGCAGAGCCGCGGGCGGGGGGAGCGGCGGAGGCGUUCAUUGUUCGGCCGCGGUGGGGCCGCGCGGCGCGGGAUGCGCCCCGGAGCCUCUCCCGUUCGGGGGCCGCGAUCUAAUCGGCUCUAGCUCUGGUUUCCUGGAUGGGAAAGCUGCCCUUAGAUUUCAAAGGGAAGAAGUAGACAUCGCGGGCCGGGCACACAUGGAUUAAGUUGAACGGCGGCGAUUACAUCUGCGCUGAGAGCAACAGUAGUUCGAGGCUGACUUCAAACCUCAGCCCGUGACUCGGAGGCUCUCUGCCAUAGACUUCCUCAAUUUCCGGAUGCACUGCUCGAAAUUCCCGACUCGCUCUCGAAUUCCUGCGGCACGGGGGGAUCGCGUGCUUCCCCCUCGCCGAGCCUUUUUUGGGGGGAUGCUGCCCUUUAUUUUGGCUGUACCUGACGAGGUAACGCGACCUCCGCGCACCGUAUCGCCAGCCCAUGGAGUGGAUAUUGACAGUCGGGAUUGAAGCUUUUUUUUUUUUUUUUGCUUUUUUUUUUUCUCUCUCUUUUUUUUUUUUUUUCCCCUUUCCCUCGCCAAGCCCCAGCACUCCGGGAUGUGUCAUUCCCCUCGCGGAUACGUGUGACUCCGGGCCACACGGCCGUGCCCGCAGCUGAGAACACACCGCGAGCAUCACUUGGACGUGACACGGAGCGGCGUGUGGCGGGGCAGCGAGUCCGGAACCAUCGCUCCUCGCACUACAGUAAUUCCGCAUUCCCAAGAAGAGGUUAAACCUUCACGUUGAUGUUAAGGGGCUGCUCCCAUGGAACACCGCACGGCCGCGGAGGUGCCGCCCCGGCCCGGUCAUGCCCAGCUCGGGGCAGCCUCUCCGUAGCCCCUCGCAGCCCCGCUCACGGUGUUGUUACGUAGAGCCCUGGAAGCACCUGGGGUAUUCCGCCUUCUCCUUCCUCCGCUGGAAGCAAUCGGCUCACAGCAAUCCCGACGAGGGCUCCGGGACCGUAGCACAACGCAGCUCGCCAUCCGGCACGGUUAACCGGGGGAAGCGUGCGCCUUUCUGCCUUCUCUAUGCUUUGUUACGGGGCUGACGGCGGCCCGCGUCCUCCUCCCCCUCACGCAAUAUUCGAACCGCGGCUCCGAGCUCUCGGGCAGCGAGGGGCGCGGGCGGCAAAAUAGCCCCGGCUGCACAGAGCGAAUUGAGCAGGAGAGGAAAAUCGGAGCGGCCCGCACAUGUAAGUAUUCCUCGCUCCGAGCCUUGAAGUUGGGAGCGCCGGGCCCGGGGCGCGGAGCCGCACAAUGAGCGGCGAACGCCGCUGCCGAACAGCCGCGCUCGCGGAGGAUCUCCCACCGCCGUGCUCACACUUCCGUCCCUCACACUCAGGGCGUGCACAAAAGAGCAACGUUGGUCCGAAAUAGAAUAAAAAAAUACACGAAACGCUACGAAAAAGCACCGAAAUCCUUCGUGCGGAGCGAGCGAGGAGCGAGCCGGAGAGGUCGGAGCGUGCUGGAGCCCGGAUUGUUUAAUAGAAAGAUUUAUCUGCGAACUGUAUUAUUUACUUUGGGAGGGGAGGCGGCGGUAUGAGGGUAUGCUAAUUAGCGGGAGAUUUUUGGGGGGAAGGGGUGGAAUAUCAAUUUUUAUUGCAUCACCUGUCAGGAGUGUCCAAUCAGCGUUGGCUUUAGGGGAAUUAAUUGAUGAAGGUGUCUCCGGACGAGCUCACUUCACUCUGUCAUUUUAUUUGUAGCUAAAGCAGCGGCGGGAAUAGCAGCUGCAUUGCUUUUCUCUUCCUCCCUUCACAUUCCAUUAUCAUAGUUUCCAAUGGAAAAGCAGGGAAUGAAAGGGAACAGGUACUGAUCUGCGGCAGCAACUUAGAGAAACACUUUGGCAAAGCAGAUUUUGAAGAUUACAUAUCGAUUGUAGCCUCACGGUGGUGCUUUUUGGUUGCUUUUGUUGCUUUUUUCUUUUUUAACUUAUUUUUAUUUUUGCUAUUUUAUCUAAAGUUUGGCACUUCACCCACCAGGAAUAGCAGCAGCCUUUGUUGCGCUCUGUUAGCAGGAUGCCUUGAGACAAAUACAGCAUCUGGCCGAGGAUUGUGUGUGUGUGGCUUUUUCUUUUUUUUUUUCUCUUUUUUUUUCCUUUUUUUUUUUUUUUCUUUUUUUUUUUUUUUUUUUUUUCCCCCUUCUCUCUCUCUCUCCGCAAAUGCCGGGAAUGAUUUAAUUCGCGAAAUGGGAGACCUGAAGUCGGGGUUUGAAGAGGUGGAUGGCGUGCGGCUCGGCUACCUCAUCAUUAAAGGAAAGCAAAUGUUUGCACUCUCCCAGGUUUUCACCGACCUGCUCAAAAACAUCCCGCGGACCACCGUGCACAAGCGAAUGGAUCAUUUGAAAGUCAAAAAGCACCACUGCGACCUGGAGGAGUUGAGGAAACUCAAAGCCAUCAACUCCAUCGCGUUCCACGCCGCCAAAUGCACGCUCAUCUCCAGAGAGGACGUGGAAGCGCUCUACACCUCCUGCAAAACCGAGCGGGUCCUCAGGACAAAGCGGCGGAAGCUCGGCCGGGCCCUGGCGGCUCCGAUGCGGCCGGAGCGGGCGCCCGCCGACCCCUUCCGCGGCUUCUGGAAGGAGAACAAACUUUGGCUGGGUUUGAAUGACUGCUCCCCGGCCGCUGCUGCCAAUCAGGCGAAAGCUCUGCGGCCGGGGGCCGCGCCCGCUGCCGGCCUCCAUCUACCUCACCUUUUUAGUAAAUACCGCCGCCGACACGGGGCCGCCGCCGCCGCCGCCGCUGCCGCCGCCGCAGCCGCCGCCGUCGCCGCCGCGCUGGGCCCCCCCCGGCGGCCCCUGGCCCUGGCGCGGCCCUGUCGGCCCCGCGGCUCCCCGCGGCUCCCUCUGCCGCUGCCGCGCGGCUUCGGGCCGCCGCCUUCGUCCGCCUUCGCCGAGAGCGGCAGCAGCGACUCGGAGUCCAGCUGCUGCUCCGGCCGCGCCGCGCACGACUCGGACUGCGGCUCCAGCCCGUCCAGCUCCAGCGAGGGCAGCUCGGAGGAGGAGGACGAGGAGGAGGAGGACGAGGAGGGCAGCGGCGGCUCGGACUCCAGCGAGGGCAGCUCGGAGGAGGAGGAGGAAGAGGAGGAGGAGGAGGAGGAGGAGGAAGAGGAGGAGGAGGAGGAGGACAGCACCUCGGACUCCGACUCCAGCUCGGUCUCCAGCCAGGUCUCGGUGCAGAGCAUCCGCUUCAGGCGCACUAGUUUCUGCAGCCCGCCCGCCGUGGUGCACGCCAACUUCUUGUACCAUCUGGCCGCCGCCGCCGCCCCCCGGCCCCCGGCCCCGGCCCCGACGGAUCCCGGCGGGCCUCCCGCCCUCCGCCGCGCCGCGGGCUGCGUGAAGCCGGAGCUGCCCGAGGAGUGGGGCCGGCCCGGCUGGGGCCCGGCGCUGCGCUGCCCCGGCGGCCCCGGGAGCUGCUUCGCGGAGAUAAGGGAGCGGAGGGCGGCCGAGAUCACAUUCCCACACUCUGAAUUUCCCAAUAACGCCAAGAGUACUGACCUAACAAUUAACUGCGUUGCAAAGGGGGCCUCUUCACCUAGCCCAAAGACAAACAAUGCAUUUCCACAACAAAGAAUACUCAGAGAGGCAAGGAAAUGCCUUCCAGCAACUACUACACACUGUGCAGAUAACAAUACAAUAGCUGCUAGGAUCUUAAAUAAUGAUUCUUCAUCAGCGGCUGCGAAUUCCGAGAAAGAUUCCCAAAUCCCUCAUUGUAUUGAAUUUGCCACGGAUUUGCCCUCGUUACGGACCGACCCCGCGGAGGACGCCGCCUCUCCGGGGGCUGCGGAGCCGCGGAGCGCCGAGCCGGAGGCCGACGAGCUGCCCUUCCCGCACCGCGUCCGCAUCAAAACCGAGGAGGAGGCGAGCGGCAAGGACGGGCCCGACCCUCCGCCCCACGAGCUGCGGUGUGAGUGCAAUGAUCCCGAGGAGGAGCGUCGCGGCGUGACGGAGGGCAGCGAGCGGGACGCUUUAGGAACGGCCAAGGAGGAUUCCGCAUGCACUGAGAAAGAAACCACUUCCUUCCCCCCGCUGACUCAGAGUCAGGGCCUCUCAUGCACUUUAGGUACUCCAAAACCUGAGGAUGGGGAGUAUAAAUUUGGAGCGAGGGUGAGAAAGAACUACAGGACGCUGGUUCUGGGCAAGCGGCCCGCGCUGCAGCCUCCUCCACUCAAACCAAAUCUGAAAUCGGCGCGGAGCCCGCGGCCCGCAGGUAAAGCCGAGCCCGAAGGAACACUGGACGAUCUCACGGCCAACAAUAGGCGCAGAAGGGUAGCCGGCAAUGUAGCAUCAGCGGUGAAAAGGCCGUUUAAUUUCAUGGCAAAUUUUCCCUGUCCACCGUCGCUAAUUAUUGGCCACGACGGGGAUUUGUUGCCAGCUUACUCCUUAAGCACCACUAAGGACUCGCAAGCACCUCACAGGGCCCAUCCCGUGUGGAAAUGGCAGCUGGGCGGCUCUGCAAUACCUCUCCCACCUAGCCACAAAUUCAGGAAAUUUAAUUAAUAAAAUACUUUGGAAAAUCUUUGCUGGAACCACCUCUCGGUCCGUGCGCUGCGUGAGCUCGGCAGGAAGGUUCAUGCGGCCCUUAACGCCGCGCAGCGCUCGCUGCUGGGAUCCGUCGUGUCGUUUGUGAAGACAGAACCCGGAUUACCGUUUUCUUUCCUCGUCCCGACAGUGGUUUUGCUUUGGUUUGGUUGGGUCUUUUUUUUUGUUUUCCUUUUGUUUUUUGUUUUUGUUUUUUCCUGUUACAUUUGGGUAUUUUUUUGUUACAUUCCACAGAGUACUUCAGGCAAAGACUCAACUCAACUCAGUUAACGCCGGUAGAGCUGGAACACUUUACUGUUUGAAUGCUAAUAAUGCACCAGUACCUCAAUUCAACUGCUGCAAAUAAAUGUCAAAAGGUUGAAUAAUAAAUACUAGAAUGAGCCAUUAAAUUUAUGCACUAGAUUUCGAACAUGGCAGUCUAACUGUUAAUUCAGUUAAAGUUUGUGAAGUGCCACGGCCUCACAGGAGGGUUGGCCGCACCUCGGCGCUCGGAGCGGGGCGGUGCGAUGCCCUGGGCCCACAGCGCUGCGCUCAGCCCCUGGGGAAGGCGGGGGCAGAGAGCGGCUCGAAAUGGGGGAUUGCAGCGAGGGGAAAGGGCGUCCUUUCUCUCGUACGGCCCCUCGUUGCGAUUGGAAGCCUUUUUGUUUCACCCAGAGGUCUUAAAUAAGGUUACUGUUACCCGCUCACGUCGUGCCGAAGCUGAGCUCCGAACGUGCCCCUGCAAACUCGCACGGCGCUCAGAGCCCUGCCCGGCCCGAGGCGAUUUAUGGGCAACCCCGAGCGGGCCGCAGGAAAUAGCGAAGCAGUAAAUGCGGCUCAGAGAGAGCGGAGCGAGGGGCCAGGAGUGGGAACAGCGCAGCAAACGCGAUCCCCUCGCUGCUCGUGGCUCUCCGGCCCUGAACUCGGGCUCUGCCGCCUCGGUGUCCUCAGCCCCGAACCCCGGCGCUGUCGGUUUUUGUUUCCAGGCCGUCCUCUCUAUGUAGCAGAAACGUUUCUACCGCACGUGACAAUCAGAGGCGAUUAUCUCUAUUUGCACUUAAUAUCGAAAUAGUGGAGCGGGCGGGGGCGAGGGCCUCGCCUCGGAGAGACAUGCCGGUAUAAUAUAUUGUGAUGAUGGAAGCGGUAAAUCAAAAUGAUGGAAAAUUUGCACUGUUGAAAAGCAUGCUUUAGCUUUAUUUUCAAUUAAAAACACUGUUUAAAAAUUCCUGAUUCCCUACACUUUGAAUUAUUGCAGUUUAUCCACGCUUUCCCCUCCGUUUGGGAGCUCCCCCGCUUGGAUUCCGAGGAAAUACGCUUCAAGAGGUUCACUGUUUCUCUCCCUGCCCCCAAAGCCCCUCCAAAAGAAAGGGAAAAAAAUCAAAUAAAAAGAAAGGAAAAAAAAGAGAGAGAAAAAAGAAAGGAAGGCCGACACGCAGCAGCCGGGCCCGGGGCCGAGGGCUGCGGAUGGGCCCCGGUGUGGGGGGACGGGAGCAGCUCCGAACGCGGCCCAAAAGUUUGCGGCCCCGGGAAGGCCGAGUGCUGCAUCAGCGGGGUUUCAUCUGAAGGACUGCUGCUUUCUUUCUUUGGCCUGGCUCUUUAUUUAUACUAGAUCAUUCCUAAAUUAAAUGUUAAGGAUUCCACUCAUCGAUCAAUCUCGGGAGGAUAAUUUAUCGUAAAUCAAAGAAAAGGAAAAAGAAAAAAAAAAAAGAAAAAAAAAAAAGGAAAACAAAGCCACAACGUGAUGUUUACCGUGUGACUCAAAGUCAACAUUCUGCCGGCGAUCCGCUGCCGCUCUCGGCUGUUUCAUCCCUGCCUUUGUGGUGCCCCCCGCAGCCCUCGUGGCUCCGCGCACGCCGCCGCCCGCAGCUCCGCGCUAUCCCCGCUCCCUCCUUUUCCCCCAUUGUAAAGCCCCGCUCUAGAAAUACCUGCACCAAAUAUAGUUAAAGAGAGUAAACAAUCGCCCUUCCGAGGGGGUUACCCUUCCCCCGCACUCUCACAUCACUUAGAGCUGCCAAUUGCAAAAGGUACUCUGCAUAUUUAACCGCGCUGCUGAAAUUACGAUGGUCGUGAAAAAUCGGCUCUCAGGGUGGCUGGGGGUCGAGUGUUUAACUCGCGUGCGUUUGGGGCCGAGCAGACUGCGGCCCUAUUUCCAGAGAGUUGUGAAUAUGGUCAGGGCGCACCGCCCCGGGAAGCCCCGGCUCCGCUCUGCCUGACAGAGGUCUUCCCUGCACCGAAAAAAAAGGAAAAGGUGGUGGGGGUGGGGGUGGAAAUCAAAUUGAAAAGCUGCGGAGAUGUAAUAUGCAAACUGGAAGCCUAAAAUUUUGCCGUGUCAAUUAAACAACGUAUCGCUUUCAGAGGAA